AUGCCAAGCACUUCUCAGGAAGGAGCCGAAAAACUCAGCUUCUCUGGUCUAAAUACAUCCACUUCAGAAGCAUUAGAGCUGGAGUUGGGUUCUUUGGGCUCUGAGGCCAGAAGAAGACCUAGAGGAAAGAAGAAAGCCUGCAACAAAAAAGCACUAAAAGAAAAAAUCUUUUUUGUGAGUAUUUGUCAAAGUAAACAAUUUAUGUAG